UUUUCACCCAUUUUAUAGCGUUUUAAAGAAGCAACGUUUUGUAAAUUAAAGUUGAUCCGUCAAGCUACUUGUAAAUAAGUUUCCUUGUUUCGUGUUUGCUGUAGCUUGUGUGUGUGGUGUUUUGUUUUGCGUUGUUUUGUUUGUGUUGUGACUUGUGUUGGGGGAAAGGAUGAGGAAGUACUCACCCUUGUACCGCAUCUCCCGCCGCCCUGCACACUUACCAGAGUGUGUCCACUUGUAUAAUCGUGUGAACGGGAGUGUGGGUCGCCAUGACAGCGACCUGGACCUGCUGGUGCGGGAGGGGGAGGCAGUGUCCACCAGACUACGUAACUUACUCACACACAACUUAGGCUCCAAUCACACCACGCCCACACCACUCACCGCCCACACCACCACUCCCACACUCACCACCACACGCAGGGCAUCAUCAAUAGACUCCGCAAGACACCAUUCACUGGAAAGAGAGACAGAGGGAGCAGGAGGAGCGUCAUCACGGCUGAGUCGUGCUGACCUGACGGGGGAGGAGUCGUCUACACGGGAUGAGUCAGGUCGUUACUACCACCCCAGAGCCAGGUCACUCACAGACGUCUACCGUGGCGCUGAUCAGCCUUCCUAUUCCACCACACCUCACAGAAGCGGCGUGGGUACCAGCAUCAAGCAACCACUGACCCCGGGAGGUGCCGGCACUACCAGGGUCAGAAGAGACUUGUUCCCCAUAGCUUCACCCUCCACACCUCUCACCCUGGGUCACCUCACUCACUCCCAGAGUGACGCUAUGGAUGACCCGGAGAUGUACAGGCUUGAGGAAGAGACACGUUACCUUGAGGCUGAGGUUCGUCGCCUUGAAGAUAUGUUGGCCACCUCGCGAGCAGAGCGUGACACUGUCUCCAUACGUUACACUGCCUUGUCCGACCAUGUUGCGGACGAGUGGCAAGAGUACCAGAAGAGACUCGAGUAUUUCCACGAGGUUCACCGCAAGCAGACAACACUCAUAGAUCGCCUAGCUAACAAGGUGCGAGAGUACCGUGGUCGCUGCCGGGAGUUAGAGAACAGAGCUACAGAGGUCAGCAGGUUUCGAGAAAGCACAGAGCGGGAAAUUGAAACUCUCAACCUUGCCCUCACCACAGCAGAAGAAAGGUUGAGAGCGUCCGAGGCCCAGCACACCUUUGACUUAGAAACUGCAUUAGUCAAGCUUGAAGAUGAGCAAGGGAGGUGUGAAUCUCUUGGGGCUCAAGUGAGCAACUUACAGGAACAGCUGGCCAAGCUGGGCUCAACUGUUGCAGAGUUGACUGAUGAAAGAGACAAAUCCCAGCUUGCUCUCAAGCGCUUGACAGAUGAAGUCAAGGUUAAAGAGGAGCAAUGGGUAAUUGAGUCUCAGCAAUUCAACAACUACUACAUAUCAGGACACAAAAAUUUAUUGGACUUGUGGCGUGAAAUUGGAUGUGUUAAGCGCACCUUCUCCGAGGUGAAAACCCUGACCUCCCGUGACCUGACCCAGCUGCGUGGUGAUCUUGACCGCUGUGCCCAUCUCUUGACCUCUGCCUGCCACUCGGCUCAGUCCAACAUGAGUUUCAUACCAUCAGGAGGAGAUAAGGACGAUUAUGUCGUCAGCAACCCCUCUGACCUAUGGGGUCGCAUUCAAGAAUGCGAGAGGUCACAAAUGCGGGCAGAAGCAGAGAAAAACUCACUCAAAGAGAAGAUCAGUGAACUCAACUCAAGAAUAUCAGAGCUCAACACCAACUUGAGAAGCAAGGAACGCACAAUUCAAGAUCUCAACAGAAAGCUGGAUGAAGGUAUGACGGAAGCAGAGGUUCAGGAGACACUGAAGGAGAAGGUGCGCACAUUGGAAUCAUACAUGGUUGAAAUCGCGCAGACGGUUAUCAAGGACUCUGAACAGAGUACCAGUGAUGCUGAUGCCAAGGCUCCUUCUGCUUUUAGAAUUGUUCGAGACACAGAGCAAGGAGUAGCGCCUGACUUACCCCAGAGCACUGUCUCUGCAGUUCGCACAGCGCUAUCUAACCGCCAUGUUCAAAUCCACGAAUUGCAGCUCAAGUUAACAUCAUCAAAAGAUCAGCUGGCUUCCCUUCGUAAGCAGUAUGAAAGUGCAGAAGCAGCUCAACGCGGGCUGGAGGCCACAAUCGGUGAACUUCGCGAUGAAAUGGAGUCAAUUUCCCGGCAGAAAGAUGAAGUAUCUAGGGAGAAGGACAGGCUCACUGAAGAUUUAGAUGCAAUUGUUGCAGAAAAGAGUGGUUUGGAGAAAGCCAAACAAACUUUAAAAUCUCAGUUGGAGACUGCCAAGGAAGAAACAGAACGCCGUAACCGUCAGUUGUCAGAACUGGAGAAAGAGAAGGCAGCACUUGGUGAAGAGAGAGCAUACCUCAACUCCAAGCUUACCAAGGAGAAGGAAGAAGCACAAAAGCACAUGCACACCAUAACUGUUCUCAAUUCUGAGCUUUCUAGCGUCCAGCAGCAGGUUACUGUUUUGUCUGAAUCACUGGGAAAGGUUCGGGCAGCAGAGGAAAGGUUGGACCAAGAAAAAGAUGAGCUACGGGACCAAAUUCGAGCAAUGGAACGGCAACGGACAGAGCUGGAAGCUAAACUGGCUCACUCCCUCCGUCAGGAGACUGACCUGAGGGAGGCCCUCGAGAAGGUUGAGUCAUACAGUAUUAACUUAGGUCAAGAUAAGUCACAACUAGUCUCCAAGAUCACGUCUCUGGAAACAGAACGUGCAGCCUUGGGGACUGAGAGAGCAGAACUGCGAGCAGAGAUUGAGAGACUGCGCGACGACUUGGAGGCUCUGGGAGAGGAGCGCAUCAGUCACGAAACAACAAUUACAACUCUUAAUGAAAAAAUCAAUCUUCUAACCCUUGAUAAGGAGAAGAUUGAAUUAGAACUGAAUGACACCAUCUCAGAACGUAAUGAACUGCAUGGUCAGCUAACAGCUCUGGAGCGUAUCAAAACAUCUUUAGAGAGUGAACUCACCACCCUAACUAACACACUGACUGAUAAACUCAAACUUAUUGAGCAGCUCAACACUGACAAAGAAGGACUUACUAAGGAAAAUGCAGAGAUGGAGGUACGACUGUCAGGGGCAGAUAAGGAGUUGAGUGUGCUGCGGGAAUCAUUGGCAACACUGAAGGCAGAGAAACAGAGCUUGGAGAGUUUUGCCUCGUCCCUCGAGAAGAAAUGGUCAAACAAUGAAGCUCGUCGUUCUCAACUGGAGAAGGAGAAUCAGCAGUUGAAUUCUGAUAAAGAACGACUCCAUACACAGAUGAAUAAACUCCAACGUGAACUUGAGGGUGAGCUGACCAAGCUUCGGGAAGCAAGAACUGUAUUGGAACGCCGCUUGGAUGAGAAGGAAACAGAGCAUAAAAAGGCGAUGAUGGCAUUACGUGAUCAGCAGGAAGAAACUAUAGAUGACUUACGCAAGGAAAAGAAUAAUUUGCAGUCUGAGCUAGAAGACAAAUUGAAUUCAACCAUCCAUUCUCUGAAGAUGGAGAAGGAUGAGCUCGAGCUCAAGAAAGAUCAAGAAAUUUCCUCUCUUAAACGUUUUACUGAAAAGUUGCAGCGUGAAAGAGAUGACUCGGCCCUGCGUUUUGAGGAGGAGAAACACAGGUCCAUGAUGCUUGCUCAGCAAGAAAUAGCAAGUUUAGAAGAGAAAGUUGGCUGUUUGCAACGGGACUCUCGACCUACGAGAGCCAGUUAGAACAGUUGCGACGUGAUGGCUCCAGCAAAGCAGAAGCAGGACGGGUUAGUGAAGGGGCACUACACAGUAAAAUUGUACAACUCAAAGAGGAGUUACACGCC